UCGAUCCUCUGACUCAUUAGCCAGUUUUGCCUGUGAACUAGGACUCUGCAGUUCUGUGUCCGAUAACGAAAAGUCAAGUAACUUUUGACAUUUGAGAAUAAUCGAAUUUUACUAUAAAAUUUUAUCGAAUCAAUCAACGGCCGAACUUAUAAUGCCGAGGGAACGCAGAGAAAAUGGGAAUAAGAAAGGAAAACGUCAACGUUAUAUUCAAAAUAAUGACGAGACGCAAAGCAGAAGUAAGAAAAAUGUUAAGUCGUCUCAAAUCACGAGAACGAAUCGCUUCAGUCCAUUCGUUCGUGCCGAGCGACACUCGCGCCGCGAUGUCACAAUGGACGACAACAUUGGCUUCUUUCAAGCGCGAGACUUGCACGCGAAAAGUAAGGAAAUAAUCGAACGAGGAAUGGAGUAUAUCCUGUUUCAUCUACAACUAAUUCAGAUGUCAAUCUGGGGAUCGAAUCGCGUGAGUGACAAUAAGAAGACGUUGAAAGAAACAGAACAAGCGGAAGGUGGACAAGUAGCAGAAGCAGUGGACGCCAUCACCAGUGAAACGCGUUUGUUAUUUGAAAAGGAAAAAUAUUUCGAGGAUUCCGAAGGAGAUAUGUUUACUGCUGUGGAGGAUUCCGAUGACUCCUCAAGCGAUCAUUGGAGCAGUGCGAAUGACUUUGUUAAUAUGAAUAUGUCAAUUGACCUGGAAUCAGAAUACGAGGACGUAUUAAUGAAUAGUAGAAUUGUCAUUGAAGAACCAAUGGAUAUCUCCAUUGAUAUCUCCAUGGAGGAAUCAAGUCCUAGAAGAAGAAUAGAAUUGGUGUCUUUUUCUAAAUCUGGAUCUCAGGAAGCAAAACGUUGCUCUCGGGAUACGACGCCAUGUGACAGCAGUGAGGAUGACGACGAAUCUUCUCUAGGAGUUAGUGACAGGGACAGUGACCGGGAGGAAUCGAGCUCAGCUGCCAACGAGGAAAUUACGAAAAUUCUUAAGAAACGUAAUUCUAGUGACAAUGAUAAAUAUUCCCUCUUUCGCGAGGAAGAACAUGGAAGACGUAAUUUUCCAUACUUUAGGGAUUAUGCCUCGAGUGAGGACACGAGUGUUUCUGGAACUGACAGUCUCAGUGACCGACAGGAGGUUAGGAAUUCUCAACGAGAUGCUUCUGCGAGGAGGAUCAUUCCGUGUUGUUGUUGUCUAAGUCCGCGAAAGAGAGAAGAGCACAGAAGGUCCAUUGUGAAAAAUUAUAUUAAUUUUGAGGUUAUGAACAAUCAAGUAGAUAGUGCAUUUUCUGAGGAUGACGUCGAGAUGAGUGCUCUAGAGAGGUCUGUGUUGAAAGCUCACCUUAAUGAAAAAUUGUCGAAUAGACGAAACGGAAAGGAUAUAGAAAUUAUGGAUCAGGAUACAACUUUGCAAGGAGAAGCUUUAAGCUUACUUGACAGGAAUCCAACGGUAUUAAAAAAAUCCUUGAAAGACGUCAGCUCUGAACAUUACGAUAACUCGUCGAGAUCGACUAAUCGACAUUCGGAAUGCGGGAACACUUAUACACCGGGUGUUAAAGCACCUACUGUAUCUGUUAAAAGACCUCCUGGAUUUCCGAAUCUUCCUCAAAAUCUUCCUCCGCUCUUCUGCUCUUGUGGGAAUCCAGAAUGUUUUAUUUUACUAGGAAACGAAAUAGGCAAGUCUAAAAUAAUUUAUCAAAACGCACCUCGACCUUUGAGACAUUUGUAUUAUCAGUAUCCUGAAUUUAUGGAACCCCUAACACCAUAUCAUAAUUCACCCAGCUGGUGAGAAAUUUGAAAAAUCAAAUGACAUAAUUUUCUAUCGUAUGACGAUUGUAUUUUUAUAUCAGCUAGGUGCAUAGCGAAUAAACAUCAAAUAGGUGAAUCCUAUAAAACGCAA